AAAAGGAGGCCCCUUGGGGAGCCACAGUGCUGUAACCAUUCUAGGCUCCUUUCCCAAAGUGCCAAAGACUUGAGGCCAGAGGUCAGAAAUCUCAAGACGUCUCAGCGGGGCGGCCCUAGAGGGGCGGGGUCCCGUGGUAGAGGCGGGGAAGAGGGAAGGACCCGGACCAGGCACCAACCCCAGCUCUGUCCCAUACCAGGAAGUGCUGGGUGGGUGGAGGGGGCAGAGAAGCAGAGUUGACAGCGAAGCCAGGAUGGUGGUGCCUUCGUUGAGACUUCAGGACUUAAUCGAAGAGAUACGCGGGGCCAAGACUCUGGCCCAGGAACGGGAAGUGAUCCAGAAGGAGUGCGCUCAAAUUCGGGCCUCCUUCCGCGACGGGGACCCCCUGCAGAGGCAUCGCCAGCUGGCGAAACUGCUGUACGUCCACAUGUUGGGCUACCCCGCCCACUUUGGACAGAUGGAGUGCCUGAAACUGAUCGCCUCCCCCAGAUUCACAGACAAGAGGGUGGGCUACCUUGGGGCCAUGCUUCUAUUGGAUGAGAGGCACGAUGCCCAUCUGCUCAUUACCAACAGCAUCAAGACUGACCUGAGCCAAGGGAUUCAGCCAGUUCAGGGUCUGGCCCUGUGUACCCUGAGUACCAUGGGCUCUGCUGAGAUGUGCCGAGACCUAGCCACUGAGGUGGAGAAGCUGCUCCUGCAGCCCAGCCCCUAUGUGCGUAAGAAGGCUGUUUUGACCGCUGUGCAUAUGAUUCGGAAGGAUCCUGAGCUCUCCAGCAUCUUCCUCCCACCUUGUGCCAAACUGCUCCAUGAGCGCCAUCAUGGCAUCCUGCUGGGCACCAUCACGCUGAUCACCGAGCUCUGUGAAAGAAGCCCUGCAGCCCUCAGGCACUUUCGCAAGGUCGUACCCCAACUGGUCCAGAUCCUCCGGACUCUGGUGACGGCGGGAUACUCAACAGAGCACAGCAUCUCUGGAGUCAGCGAUCCCUUCUUGCAGGUCCAGAUACUUCGUCUGCUUCGGAUCCUGGGACGGAACCAUGAAGAAAGCAGUGAGGCCAUGAAUGACUUGCUGGCCCAGGUCGCCACCAACACAGACACCAGCCGAAAUGCGGGCAACGCCGUCCUGUUGGAGACAGUGCUUACCAUCAUGGACAUCCACUCUGUAGCGGGCCUCCGGGUUCUAGCUGUUAACAUUCUUGGUCGUUUCUUGCUCAACCAUGACAAGAAUAUUAGGUAUGUGGCCCUGACAUCGUUGCUCCGCCUGGUGCAGUCCGACCACAGUGCUGUACAGCGUCACCGGUCCACUGUGGUCGAAUGUCUACAGGAAACAGAUGCCUCCCUUAGCAGGCGGGCCCUGGAGCUGAGCCUGGCUCUGGUGAACAGUUCCAACGUGCGAGCCAUGAUGCAGGAGUUGCAGGCCUUCCUGGAAUCCUGCCCCCCUGAUCUUCGGGCUGACUGUGCUUCAGGCAUCCUUCUGGCUGCGGAGAGGUUCGCUCCAAGCAAGCGGUGGCACAUAGACACCAUCCUGCACGUGCUGACCACGGCAGGCACCCAUGUGAGAGACGACGCAGUGGCCAACCUGACCCAGCUGAUUGGAGAGGCCCAGGAGCUUCAUGCCUACUCCGUGCGCCGCCUCUACAGUGCCUUGGCGAAGGACAUCUCCCAGGUCUCGCUCCCUUCUCCUGCUCAAGCU